UUUAAACGUUGCAUUGUGUCUCUUUUUAUCGCGAGUGUCUUGUAUACACUUGGUAUCAAAGUGUGUAUGUGAGGCUGCAUCGUAACCGUGAGUUUAAUUCUCGUUCUUCCUCUAGAGCCAGACUUCAGACAUCAGUUUAGCUCAGCGCUUUCAUCAGAAACGUUCAUUUAAAACUCAGCUCUAAUUAUCGUAAUUAAAACGUUUUAAUAAAAUAAAUACUAAGUGCAUAUGCUCAUAAAUUUAUUACAUUAAUAUACAAUUAAAACUAAAAUAAUUAAGGUAUUUAAUAUAGAAUUCAAAAUUUAUAAACUUAAACAAUUAAAUGAUUUUUUACAACAAGUAUCUAAACGUACUCCAUUAUUGCGAGUACUAAAAUACGAGAGAAAAACGUAAGAGUGACCAGCUGGUUCAUCUUUAACACUCAAUAAAAGGCAAGUAUGGCGGAAGCACAUUCAGCGGUUGCCUUCAGCUUCUCUAUAACCCACGAAGGAUGGGAUGUUAAUUUUGACCGAGAAGUAUUACAUCUUGUAUGGGAAUCUGGAUUAAGGUCAUGGAAGAAAAGAUUUUUUCGGUUUACUAACAAUUUAAAAACUGGAAUUUACCCGGCUUCGUUAAAAAGUUUGUGGCUGACAAUAGGAAUAGUGACGGCGAUUCAUUUCACGGGAUUCAAAGUCCCCUAUGACCUUGUUGAGAAAGUCGUUCCUUAUGUUUCUGGGUCGUCUAUAUCAGCGCAUCUGGUGGCAUCGAUUGUCGUGGGCGUAUUGCUGUGGCUGGUAGUCAUCUACACGCUUCGCUACUGUCUGAAAUUGCUGCUGAUGUACAAGGGAUGGAUGUACGAGUCGCGUGGUCCUGGUGGGAAAGUCUCUCUGCCAACAAAAAUAUGGGUUCUGUUGGUUAAAUUACUCUCCGGGUGGAACAAACCGAUGCUGUACAGUUUCCAAGGGUCGUUGCCGAGGUUGCCACUACCUUCGGUCGAGGAAACCACGUCUAGGUAUUUACGAAGUAUAAGACCACUGGUAGACGACGAGAAUUAUUUGCGUAUGGAGAAACUGGCAAAAGAAUUUGAACAAGGGAUCGCUGUUAAAUUGCAGCGGUAUUUGAUAUUGAAAUCCUGGUGGUCAAGCAACUACGUGUCAGAUUGGUGGGAGGAGUACGUUUACUUACGUGGUAGAUCUCCAAUAAUGGUCAAUUCAAAUUUCUAUGGUAUUGAUGCGAUUCUUAUGCAUCCAAUAGACGUACAAGCUGCACGUGCUGCUAGUAUUAUUCACUUGUGUUUACAGUACAGACGUAGUAUCGAACGUCAAGAGUUGGAGCCAAUUAAAUUACAGGGUCUAGUACCUCUGUGCUCCUGGCAAUACGAAAGAUUAUUUAAUACCACGAGGAUACCCGGGAUUGAGACUGACAAAAUAGUACACUACACUGACGCUAAGCAUAUUAUUAUUUACCACAAAGGACGUUACUAUAAAGUUAUGAUUUAUUAUAAAAAUAGAAUUUUGACGGCCUGUGAAAUUGAACAGCAAAUUAAUUAUAUUAUGACUCAUGAAUCGGAACCUGGUAAUGGUGAAGAAAAAUUAGCAGCACUGACUGCUAUUGAUCGGACCACUUGGGCCAAAGCACGUGGUGAAUAUUUUGCUAAAGGCACUAAUAGAAUUUCAUUGGAUUUAAUUGAAAAGUCUGCUUUUGUUGUCGUACUUGAUGAUGUUCCUUAUGAGUAUGAUCCUGAACGUCCAGAAAAAUUAGACCAGUACGGAAGAAUUCUAUUGCAUGGAAAAGGAUACGACAGAUGGUUCGAUAAAUCAUUUACUCUCUGCAUCGGUACCAACGGACGUAUUGGAUUUAACGCCGAGCAUUCUUGGGCUGAUGCAGCAGUGAUGUCGCAUUUAUGGGAAACUCUAGUAGCUGAAGAAGCUAGUGCCAACAUAUAUAAAGAUGGUCAUACAGCAGGUACACCUGAGUUUACAUUGACACCUACGCGAUUGCAAUGGGAUCUUACUCCAGAAUGUAUCGAUGUGAUAAAUCGUGCAGCUGAGGAUGCACAUAAAUUAUUAAAUGAUGUAGAUCUGCGUAUAUACGUUCAUGACAACUAUGGAAAAGGAUUUAUGAAGACAUGUUCAAUGUCUCCGGACGCGUAUAUUCAAAUGGCUCUGCAGCUGGCAUACUACAGAGACGCGGGUAAAUUCAGUUUGACUUACGAAGCCUCCAUGACCCGUUUGUUCAGAGAAGGUCGAACGGAAACAGUACGUCCGUGUACAAUUGAGUCUUCGAAAUGGGUAAAAUCAAUGGAGAAUGACUCCGCUGAUAUCAAUGAGCGGUACGAGUUGCUGAAAGCCGCGGCGCUGCAGCACCAACGCGGUUAUCAAGAAGCCAUGUGUGGAAAAGGAAUUGACAGACAUUUGUUCUGCUUGUAUGUCGUAUCGAAAUACUUGGAAGUUGACUCUCCGUUUCUGAAGGAAGUACUGAGUGAACCCUGGAAACUGUCAACAUCGCAAACUCCUCAUGGACAGACGCCCAAGUUGGAUUUGAAAAAGUUUCCAAAGUGUAUUUCUGCUGGCGGGGGUUUCGGUCCAGUUGCUGAUGAUGGUUAUGGAGUUUCUUAUAUUAUUGCCGGUGAAGAUCUUAUAUUUUUCCAUAUUUCUAGCAAAACUAGUUCACCAGCUACAGACUCAUCAAGAUUUGCAAGAAAUAUAGAAAAAGCACUAGCUGAUAUAAAAGAUCUCAUGGUGUCUGUCAAGAAAUUAAAGCAUCAAAAAAAUGGAUCAGUUAAUUAAUUAUUCAAAAUUUAUUAAUAUUAAUUGGUUCUAUAUUGUUUUAUUAUUUUAUUAUUAUUAUUACUAUAAUUACAAUAAUUAUUAACAACGCACAGAUAGAUCGAGAUUAAAACCGUGUUUCCAACUCGCAAUAUAAUUUAAUAAAUG